UCGUGUAAAUAAUCUCAGCACAGACAAAAAGCACCUGUGAGGAGUAUUUAAGUCUCUGUAGGCUGAAUGUGAACUACACAGUACAAGCUGCAUCUGUGAGGAUCGGGGCUGCCAGAAUGUCCACCCAAACAGUAACAAACAUGGCCUCGGUACAAUUGGAGAAUCAGUUCCGGUGCUGCAUCUGCCUGGACACCUACACGGAUCCCGUCUCAAUCCCGUGUGGACACAACUUCUGCCUGGAUUGCAUCGAAGGCUACUGGGACACGAAGGACAAGUCGGAGUGUCCGCUGUGCAAAGAGACGUUCAAAGAGCGACCGGAGCUGAGGAUCAACCGAGCUUUUUCCGACAUGAUUGAAUUCUUCAAAAGGUCUCUGUCACCCACACUGAUGCAUGGGGAGGACGUAGAGCCCCCUGCACACCAGCUAUCAGACCGUGAAGACGUGCCCUGUGACGUCUGCCACGGGAACAAGUCUAUGCUGGGGGACAUGUGCCAGGAAGUUGCAAACAAACUCUCAGCAGAGGAAGUGGACAAGAUGAGUGCAUAUGCAGUCAAUGUGACCCUGGAUCCCGAGACAGCUUCAGGCUGGCUGGUUCUGUCCACAGAUAAAAAGAAGGUGAGCCUCGCCAGCCAGAAGAAGAAGACUCUGCUCCCAGACAGUCCCCAGCGGUUUGACUCCUGCGUCUGCAUUUUGGGGAAACAAAGCUUCACAUCUGGAAGACGCUACUGGGUAGUUCAGGUUGGGGAUAAAACAGACUGGGAUCUUGGUGUGGCCCAGGAGUCCAUCAACAGAAAAGGUGCCAUCACAGUUCGUCCUGAAAACGGUUACUGGGCCAUCUGCCGGCGAAAAGGUGGCAGUCUGAGCGCCUGCACCGGACCCUCGGUCACCCUCAACCUUCACGAAAUCCCCAAGAAAGUCAGCAUAUUCCUGGACUAUGAGGAAGGGUCGGUGUCCUUCUAUGACGCAGAGGCAAAGACUCACAUUUAUACUUACGGCGGUUGCAGCUUCAGUGAGCCUCUCUACCCGUAUUUCAACCCCUGUGUUCAAAACAACGGGAGAAACGUGGCCCCGCUUCUUAUCUGUCCUCUCGAGGGAGGUGUCAGGGAAGAACAGGACACAGCCAUCAAUUUAACUGUAUGAUGUGAUGCUAACUAAUGCUAACUCUGAACCAUUUUUGGGUUAAACAAGUGCUUCCUCUGGACGAUUAAAGUGGU